CUCCAGACGUGCUGUGGCUGGACAUGCCCAAAAGGCAGAGCCUGUUUACUGUCACCUAUCAGCUGGUGGCAGGCAGCGGGAUCAUACCAGACGAGGAGGAGGAAGAUAGGAGGAGGCAGCUGCCCACCCAGGACAGCUGGUCCAGCUGCCAGGGGCGGGGCCAAGACAGCAUGGCACACGCUCUGACAGGCGGCACGAGAGCCGCGCAGCCCAGUCACUGUUCUUGGACGUCCGACACUCUUGCGAAUCGUUUUUUGUUUCUGCAACAGAUGAAUCCGGUAAUCAGACGGAGACUUCCUCCGUCUGUGCGGCGUCUUCUCACAGACAUCGGUCCGAAAGAGGAGGAAUGGACCGACGCAGAGCCGGAGGCUCUUACCAGAGAUGGGAUUCUGCUCCCGUCCAGAGGAGCUGCAGACGGACAAGAGGAGUUUCUCUCCCCCGCCAAGACCCAGGAGGAGAAGGCUCCAGAGGCUGGGAGUAAUACCGGAAGGAGCACAGUGUGCAUGUUGUGUAACUGCAAACCUUCUUACUACACUUGCCCCAGGUGUAACCUCCAUUAUUGUGGGUUGUCUUGCUACCAGAGCCCAGAACACACUGCGUGUUCAGAGGAGUUUUACAAGGAGUCAGUUUUUCAGGAGCUGAAGGAGAUGGGAAAAACUGAAGAGGAGGGCAAAAAGAAAAUGCAAGAGAUUCUGUUGGGACUCAGACGAAAAGCAGAGAGUACACCCGGGGGGAUGGAAAGUUUGUUGAAAGAAGUGGGUGUUUUGGAAAAUGACCCGGAUGAGAUGGAAGUAGGGGUAACUGAGAAGGUGCAAGCGAUGGAGCUCUUGUCCAGGUUGGCUGAGCUUUCGCAGUCUGGGGAGGAAAACAUUGCAGAAACUGAUGCUAUUCUAAGGGAACUCGAGGAUAUUGGACGAGGGGAACCACUGCCUGCAGACACCGGUGAGGACCUUGAAAGUGCGGAAGACCAGCUAGAGUUGGCUGAGCGGCUGUCAGGGCUGGACAUUGAUCAACUUUCAGAAGAGGAGCUGUGGGAACUUCUCAGUAACAAGGAGAAAGAGAAGUUUCUGGGUCUCGUGAAUGAUGGAGCUCUUGGUGGGCUUGUUCCCUUGUGGAAGCCCUGGUGGGAGGAACAUGAGGAGGGAUCAAGAGCACUUGUAGAAGUUCUUGAGGAAGAACUGGUCACACUGGACAGAGAAACGUCUGCUGUCAUGAACAAACCGGACAAUGAUCACCAGGUCUGUACAUCACAAGAAGAUGGGCAAAAUCUAAACAAAUCAGCCAGAGAAGUAAAAAAUAAGAAAAGCAAAAACAGAAAGAAAAUGAGUAACAAUAAAGGAAUUUCAGGUGUGGACAAAGUCCCUCCGAUUUCUGCAAAAAUUCCAAAGUUGAGUUCCUUAUGUGCAAAUCCAUCUCCUCUCAUUAGUUAUGAGUUAGUCAGCGUACUUUAUGGCUACGCCUUUAGCCUGUGUCUGUUAAACGGCGACACGGAUUCCCUGGUGUUUGAUUUCUGUGACAUGGUACUUGCUCUGUCUGAGGGGCUGAACUCGCGCAGGGUGUUCAGCUCUUUGCCGGAGGCCUUAGACCGCGGAGAGGCUCUCAUUCAAGGCGGAGGUUACUUUGACAGAGAGGAUCCUCUUGCUCCGGCCAGGGCCGUGGAAGCAGUGGCUCACAUCAUGACGGGGAGAGACAGACGGGAUGCUGUCGGCUACUGCCUGGCAGCCUUGAGUCAGCUCCGCUCUGUGCUCUCCAAGGCCAGAAAAGAUCUUUCUAAGGACGGAGAGGACGGCGUAAAGAGACAGAAGUACUUCCUAGCGAGCAAGAAGUGUGAAUUCUUUCAAGCCUGGGCGUUGGACAAUGCAGCGCAGAUUCGUAAAUUGGCCAUUGAGUUGUGGAGUGAGCAUGGUAGAAGAGAAAUUGUGAGGAGCAGUAUGGAGAAAGCAAAGACUGUAGUGGAGGAGAAUCUGAAGAAGGGAAAGAAAAAAGGGGAUAGCAAGUUGAUAGAGGAAUUGGGAUGAGGAUGGGUUUGUCAUACAGAAGUGUUUGUUUUAGUUUGCAUUGUAAUAAAACAUGAAAAAUAAAAAGGUUGGCCUUUUCUGUAAAACAUAAGCACCCAAGGACAUUACUUUGUUCUUAAUGUUCAGAUGUCAUAUUAUUUCCAUCUCCCUUUAACAAUAUCAACUAAUGUUUUAACUGUCACCUAAAAACUGUUUCCACAAAAGGUUUUAUAUGGAUAUUUUUUGCUAAUGGUUGAUUUGUGUUUCACAGCCCGGAAGAAAAAAGGCAAUAAAAGCCAUGAGAAAAUUGGGCCAUAGUAUUAAGUUGUGUUAUUAAUCUGGACUGGCAGCAAAGUCAUGAUUUACAUCAACAUGAAGAGAGAGCACAGACAGUUACAUAAAAACAUUUAAAUACUGAUGGACAGGAGAUAUAGGGUUGGUUACAUGAUACUUGAAUCUUCAUAUGUUGGAGAAAGGAUUAGAUAUACAUUUGAAACAUUGCAUUAAUCUUCUAACAUCAACACUUCAGGCAAGUGCGUCCCAUCUAGUAUCUCAUAUGACUGAGUAUAAUCAGUGAAAAAUGUUUUACUAAAUGGUUAAGCAAGAUGUCAAAUGUUA